GUUAGCCAGCAAACAUUAGCCAACAUGGCGAAGUUUCCGGUCCCUGAGCUCCUGCUCAAACUCGCCGAAAUAAUGUGCAGCCUGCUUGUGUUUGCUCUAAUUGCUGGAUGGGAAAGCAAGGAAACUAGUUACAAAGACCUGCCUGACGAAUACAUAGCCAGGCUAGACUUUGCAAUCGGUGUCGGUGUGCUCGGUUUCCUCUAUGCGCUGUUUAUGACCGUUGCGAUCAUCCUCGACGUGAAAUUCAAACAUCUCUACGCUGUGGAAAUCCUCAGCUCUGUGUUGCUCUCAAUUCUCUUCUUGGCGACUGCAGCUGUGCUAGCAGUUGAUAUAAAUGAGAUCAGCAAGUCAUCUUAUCAAGCAACUAACAACCUGUCAUACACCACACUGGAGGCUGCAGUGUCAUUUGCAUUUAUUUCAAUGGUUCUCUUUAUUGGGAAUACUAUAUUGUCAAUCAUUACUCGACCAAAGUCUUGAACUAGAGACAUUUAGUACAGGGUAUUGUUUCACACAAGUGAUAUUGUCAAAUGUUUUGAACUGGAGCAGUAGACCUGCUCCCAUCAACUGGUUUUGCGUGGCAUAUUUUAGUUUUGCAUAUCAACUAUAUUUUGUCAGUUAUGUCCAUAUAAGUCUAUGUAAGUUGACUAAAUUAAUGAACAAUGUGUGUCAAUGUCACAUUACACAAUGUAAUUAGAA